AUGUCAAAGCGCUUCGAAAAAUCGUUAAGCCUUGCGACUGAUUCGAACGUAUUGGAAACCGACUGGGAUGCCGUACUCGAUUGUGUUGAUCAAAUACGAGGGGGAGAAGCAAAGGCUCCGGAAGCAAUGGUUCUUGUGCUUUCCCGCUUAAAGAGUGAAAAUCCUCAUGUUGUUCUUCAUGCACUUAUUCUUUUGGAAGCAAUGGUAAAGAACUGCGGAAAAAAGGUUCACAAUGAGCUUGCAACUCGCGAAUUUAUGGAGGGAAUCAAAGAACUGGCUAUUGAAGCAAAAGCAGAAACAGUCAAAACGAAAGUUCUCGAAUUACUACAGUGCUGGGCGAUGGCUUUUGCGAACAAAGCGGAAUACAAAAUAAUCGUCGACACCCACAACUUGAUGAAAUUGGCUGGUUUUGAUUUCCCGUCAGUUAAAGAAGCAGCUGCGAUGUUUGCUUCACAAGUGGCUCCAGAAUGGGAAGAAGGAGCAAACUGUUAUAGGUGUCGUUCCGAAUUCACCUUUCUUACGCGGAAACAUCACUGUCGCGCUUGUGGUCAAAUCUUCUGCCAUGGAUGUAGCAGCAAAGAAAUGUUGUUGCCACAAUUCGGAAUUGAAAAACCUGUGCGUGUUUGUGAUGCCUGCUACGAGAAGGGAGUUGGUGUUGCCCUUAGCAAACAAUCAGCAACUCCAGCUCGGCCUAAGUUUUCUUCAUCCGCCGAUGAAUCAAGUGUUGUCGAUCAAUUUGGCGCCUUCUACGGGGACGAUGACUCAAUAACGACACUAAACGCACUUGCACAAAAUAACCCGAAUCGAUUGUAUGCUAUUGGAAACCCACGUGCAGUUGCAAACCGUCAAAAGCAAGCAGAAAAGCCAGAAGGAUUAUUCAAGUCGCUUUUCAAAGGAGUUUUGGGAAAUAAAAAGAGACCGGAAUCUUCGUACAACCCUGCUGCAACCGAUCCUGGAGCUGAAGAGCGGGAACGACAAGCAAGACUCGCGAGGGAAAAAGAAGAAGAGGACUAUCAACUUAGUCUGGCCAUGGCUAUCUCUCAAAGCGAAGCGGAAGCAAAAGAAAAAGAAAGGGCAAAUUCACUUUACUCGUUUUACAAUGGCGUGAAAGAUCAAGUUAGCAGUCACGUGUCAUCGCCCAUGAACGAUACCAUGUCGAUUGCUCCUUCGGAACACAUCGGUGUUUAUAAAGGAGCCGCUGAUAGUGUUCGAGAAUCGCCUUCUGAGAAUUCAUUGAAUGCUGAUGAUCCUCUUGCACGUUAUCUUAACCGCGAUUAUUGGCAGCAACGAAAAGAAAAAGCAAACGCAAAAGUCGAAAGUUGGGACGUCAAUCCAUCAGCGCCAUUGCCAAGCGAACCUUCUUUGGGAGGAAGCAGCUACGUUCCUACUGUGCGUGGAAGUCCCCCUCCAAACAAUCAAAAAGAACUGGUCUAUUCGACUGGUCUUUCUUCCCUUGAUGAGGAGACUCUCCAAAAAAGUGAAGAUACCAAGAAAUUUUGUGCUGAUGUCAAUGAACAGGUAGAAUCGAUGGAAAACAGAAUUCGAUCGAAUAUGGCUCGUAGUCGACCAAUUUACAACGACACGGCUAUUCAGGGAAUCUACAUGCGUCUCACUGAGCUUCACUCACAAGUCAUGCAACGACUGAAUGACUUGGAACAACAAAGAGUUUAUUUUGAGUCUUUGCAAGAUCAACUCGGUCACAUUACGGAAGCUCGUGCGGCCGUUAACUCUUUGCGGGAGGAAGAAGCUAGAAAAAGAGCGGAAAUCGCAGCGGAAGAACAACGCGUUCGUCAGCUGCAAAUGCAGCAUAAAUUGGCUGCGAUGCGACAACAAAAACAUGAUAUGCUAUUGUAUCAGCGACAAGUUGCCAUUCAACGUUUUCAACAACAGGAGGCUGAAAUGGCUGCUCGCCGUUCACAGCAAUUCUACUCACCAGCUAGCUACACUUCUCCACAAGUGCAACAAUAUCCGUACAGCCAAAUACCGAUGCAGCAAUACCCAAAUCAAACUCUGAAUCAAACAUAUGGUGUUUAUCAGCAGACGACUCCACAAAUGCAACCGAAUUUGCAACAACAACCACAGCAACCAUAUCCUGGACAGCAAGUUAACGGAACUGGGAAUUAUCCCCUUGUUCAUCAAAACCCGAACGGAUAUUCGGAUGGUGGUCAGAUACAACAUGGUGCUUACUUGCCUCAUGCCACUCAAUCGGCAAAUAAUGUACAUCAAGUGGUUGCGAAUGACGCUAUUCAACAAGGAUAUCAACAAUCCGUUCAUAAUUCCCAGCAACAAUAUCAACCGUCUCAAGCAUACGAUCCCGCCGCAAACAAUUCUCAAUAUAACGUUGCAACCACUGCACCUUCAACAAAUCAAUAUUAUCAACAACACAAUUAUCAGGCGCCAGUGAACAAUGUAGCUCAACAUCAUUAUCAGGAAGGCGUGCUUGUGCCCAACGCUCCCGUUCAGCAAGUGCCCGCUAACUAUCUUCCUCAGGCAAACGUUCAGCCUUCAGAUCCAAACGCAGCUCAAGAAGGAUUACUCAUUUCUUUUGAC